GCCGUGAAGCCCUUUAACGAAAGAAAUGCGCCCUCAUUGGUUUCCACGGUGUUUACGGAGAGAGAGCCAAUCAUAUGUGCCCGCUGAUCCAGGUGAUAUCCCUCCUACCAGUAUCUCCGGAGUAGGUUUAUUUUGGUUUACCCCCCGCUCCUGCGCCGCCGCCAUUAGAGCCAGUCAUAUCGGCAACAGAAAUGGGAAUUCCGGUGUCUAAAACCCUCUAAAACCCGCUUUGAUCGGAAGAUCGCGGUGGCGUUUGGGGUUUCAGAGGAAGGAGAGAAAUAACAUGGGUGUUCGGCCGCAGGAUAUCUCUACUGUCGCGGUAGAUUGUCGGUGCUGAGCUGGAUUUGGACCCGAUCGGAUUGGGUUUCGGUAGGACAGACGUUCGGUUUGCAGAAGGACGAAGUCGGAAACGGCAGUGUUUGCAAACUGAAGUGUGGAGGGCAAAGACAGGAGAAACUGGAGGCGCUGUGACUGCAAGCGGGCGAACGCAGGUGAAGAACGGAGGACCGGCGGGCGGGAGGGUGGGGGGGCGAUCAGCUGUGGUGACUGGCCUGAGCGAGGAUGACAGAUCUGGGCUUGAAGUGGAGCUGCGAGUACUGCACCUACGAGAACUGGCCGUCUGCCAUCAAAUGCACCAUGUGUCGGGCACAAAGGCACAACGCACCCAUCAUCACAGAGGAACCCUUCAAGAGCAGCUCCAGUCUGGACCCGUCGCUCUGCACCACACAGGGAGGCUCCACCCUGCUCAUCUGCCCAGACUCCAGCGCUCGCCCUCGGGUAAGAAUCGCCGAUGAGCUGCCUGAAACCAGCAGCAAGUGGUCCUGCCACAUGUGCACAUACCUAAACUGGCCACGUGCUAUCCGCUGCACACAGUGUCUAAGUCAAAGGCAGCAGGGAUCCCAACAACACAGUCCACUCAGCCCAUCAGAAACCCCUCAAACAUCAGGAUCCAGACCCUCCCCGGUGACCUCUGACCCAUGUGAGGAAUAUAAUGAUCGGAAUCGGCUCAACAUACAUGCACAACGUUGGCCGUGCUCUGCGUGCACCUACGAGAACUGGCCAAAGAGUCUCAGGUGUGUGGUGUGUGACCAUCCUAAACCCAGCGGCUCACCUGAGACGCCCCAGCAGGAUUCAGAGGCGGAAAGUGCAACAUCGCCCUCGAUAGUGAACGAGCAGGAGCGGGAGAAUGUAAGGACAACGGGGGGCGGUGGUGGGUGGAGCAGGGGAAGGCUGAGAAAACUGUCUCCGCCCAUGUGUAAAGGGCAGGCGGAGGUGAAGAUUGAGCUGGCAUCGGGAGCGGUGGGCAGCGAUAAUGAGCAGGAGGCGGACUUUAAAAAGCUUAAACAGAUCCGGAAUAGGAUGAGGAGAAGCGACUGGCUCUUCCUGAACGCCUGUGCUGGUGUGGUUGAGGGGGAUCUGGCCGCCGUGGAGGCGUAUAAAUCAUCCGGUGGUGAUAUUGCACGUCAGCUCACCGCAGACGAGGUGCGGAUUCUUAAUCGCCCGUCUGCGUUCGAUGCUGGUUUCACGCUGGUGCAUCUGGCCAUCCGCUUCCAAAGACAGGACAUGCUGGCGGUGCUGCUCACAGAGGUGUCUCAGCAGACGGCAAAGUGUAUACCGGCUCUGGUGUGUCCUGAGUUAACAGAACAGAUCCGCAGAGAGGUGGCGGCAGCACUACACAGACGUAAAGGCGAAUUCCCCUGUUACUUCUUCACAGACCUCGUCACCUUCACAUUACCAGCAGAUAUUGAAGACCUUCCCCCAAACGUUCAAGAAAAGCUGUUCGAUGAGGUCCUGGAUCGAGAUGUACAAAAAGAGCUGGAAGAGGAGUCUCCCAUUAUUAACUGGUCUCUGGAGCUGGGCACGCGUCUGGACAGCCGGCUGUACGCUCUGUGGAACCGAACCGCCGGAGAUUGCCUACUGGAUUCUGUGUUACAGGCCACGUGGGGAAUUUACGACAAAGACUCUGUCCUGAGAAAAAGCCUCAAUGAUAGUUUACAUGACUGCUCUCACUGGUUCUACACACGAUGGAAAGAGUGGGAAUCCUGGUAUUCUCAGAGCUUCGGUUUGCACUUCUCUCUGCGGGAGGAGCAGUGGCAGGAGGACUGGGCGUUUAUACUGUCAUUAGCUAGUCAGCCGGGUGCCAGUUUAGAGCAGACGCAUGUGUUUGUUUUGGCACACAUCCUUCGGAGGCCCAUCAUAGUAUAUGGUGUGAAAUAUUACAAGAGCUUCAGAGGAGAGACGCUGGGAUACACACGCUUUCAGGGUGUUUACCUGCCGCUGUUGUGGGAGCAGAGUUUCUGCUGGAAGAGCCCUAUUGCUCUGGGUUACACACGAGGGCACUUUUCUGCAUUGGUUGCAAUGGAGAACGACGGCUAUGAUAAUCGAGGUGCAGGCGCCAACUUGAACACAGACGAUGACGUCACGGUCACUUUUUUGCCACUGGUUGACAGCGAGCGAAAGCUGCUGCACAUCCACUUUCUGUCUGCACAAGAGAUGGGGACGGAGGAGCAGCAGGAACGCAUGUUGAGGCAGUGGAUGGACUGCUGUGUUACAGAGGGCGGGGUUUUGGUGGCCAUGCAGAAAAGCUCGAGAAGGCGGAACCACCCGCUCGUCACUCAAAUGGUGGAGAAAUGGCUGGACGGUUAUCGGCAGCUUGCCGCUUGUCCCACUCUUUCAGAUGGAGAGGAGGAAGAAGAAGACGAAGACGAGUGAAGAAAACCAGUCGGUGACACUUGACACUACAACACGGCCCUCUUGCGUUCGUUACCCCCACAUACGGAAACACAAACACACACCUUUAGCCCCAACCGAACGACAAACCCAAGGUUUCCUUCUUUUUUUGGUUUUUGUCCCUAAUACAGCAAAUAAUUUGGGUUCGUUGCAAAAUAAAGGAAUGCAAUCAUGAUUGUAUUUGUCUUUAAAGAGUAUGUUCUUUGCUUUUGUUUGUGUUUUGUUUGAAAUUUUGCCAUUGCAAUGCUUGUAGUGAUUUAAGAGCAAGGAGGGAAUAGCAAUGAAAGAUAUUUAAAGUCGCAGCAAUUUAAUAAGCACCCUUUUUAAAACAAAAAAACAUUGGUUCUGUUUGUAAUGGAGCCGAUGUCUGCAUCUACUUGUGUUGCUUGACUCUAGACUGAGAUUACUAAAACAUAAUUCACUACACAUGUUUGGAAAAACAAGCAUUAUAUCUACCAAUCGCACUCAAAGACUGUCACGAUUGCUUUUCUAAAUAAAGCCGUCGAUCCUCCCGCCGGUGGUCACGAGGAGAACGCAAGGACAAUUUUAACUCUAUUUCUAACAGAGUUUCUGUAUUUAUCUGGAUUAUAGUUUGUGAGCCAUAGAAAUGAAUGCUUUUCCACUCACAUUUUGUCGUCUUGUUGUCCCAUCUUUGAACUGCGCUGCAAAUGUGAACGCUGCAAUGGAGAAAAAAAAAAAGAGGUGUGAGUUUACAGUGUCUGCUGGUUGAGAUUUCAUGCCCUUUUUUAUUUGAAGGGAACAUUAUUUCAGCCCUUCUUUCAAUGUGGUCCGUUCACUCUUUCAGUUGUGUAUUUUGUGUGUCAUGUUUAUGAAAUGUCUGGCCACAGGUUUUAAGUGCAUGUUUUUUUUUCCCCAAUCCUCCAUCAUCACAUUCAAAUAUGGAGCCAGAUCAGUCUCAAAAAUAAUACAUUUACAAAAUACAAUUCAUAGAUCCACAACCAAAUUCACAUUCACAAAAUCUAAUUCCUAAAUUCAAAACAUGAUUAGAAAAUACACAAAAUCUAAUUCAUAAAUUCAAUACGAUUAGAAAAUACACAAAUCCAAUUUGUAAAUUGAAAACACGAAUCGAAAAUACACAAAUCCAAUUUGUAAAUUCUAAACGCGAAUCAUAAACGCACAAACCCAAUUCGUAAAUUCAAAACGGGAUUCAGAAACACAAAUCCAAUUCGUAAAUUCAAAACGGGAUUCAGAAACACAAAUCCAAUUCGUAAAUUCAAAACGGGAUUCAGAAACGCACAAAUCCAAUUUGUAAAUUCAAAACGCGAAUCAUAAAUGCACACAUAUCCAAUUCGUAAAUUCAAAACGCGAAUCAUAAACGCACAAAUCCAAUUCGUAAAUUCAAAACGCGAAUCAUAAAUGCACACAUAUCCAAUUCGUAAAUUCAAAACGCGAAUCAUAAACGCACAAAUCCAAUUCGUAAAUUCAAAACGCGAAUCAUAAACGCACAAAUCCAAUUCAUAAAUUCAAAACGCGAAUCGUAAACGCACAAAUCCAAUUCGUAAAUUCAAAACGCAAAUCAUAAACGCACAAAUCCAAUUCGUAAAUUCAAAACGGGAUUCAGAAACACACAAAUCCAAUUCGUAAAUUCAAAACGGGAUUCAGAAACACACAAAUCCAAUUCGUAAAUUCAAAACAGGAUUCAGAAAAACGCACAAAUCCAAUUCGUAAAUUCAAAACGGGAUUCAGAAAAACGCACAAAUCCAAUUCGUAAAUUCAAAACGCGAAUCAUAAACGUACAAAUUCAAUUUGUAAAUUCAAAACUGGAUUCAGAAACGCACAAAUCCAUUCGUAAAUUCAAAACGGGAUUCAGAAACGCACAAAUCCCAUUCGCAAAUUCAAAACGGGAUUCAGAAACACACAAAUCCAAUUCGUAAAUUCAAAACGGGAUUCAGAAACACACAAAUCCAAUUCGUAAAUUCAAAACGCGAAUCAAAAACGCACAAAUCCAAUUCGUAAAUUCAAAACGGGAUUCAGAAACGCACAAAUCCAAUUUGUAAAUUCAAAACGCGAAUCAUAAACGCACAAAUCCAAUUCGUAAACUCAAAACAUGAUUCAUAAAUCCAAUUUGUAAUUUCAAAACACAAUUUAAAAAAUAUUCACAAAUCCAGUUCGUUUUGUGAAAUAUAAAUGAUGGUGAAUUCAGGAAUUGUGUUUACAAAUUAGAUUUUGUAAAUGUGAAUUGUGCUGUGCAUGAGUGAAUUUCAUUUUGUAAAUGUAUUAUUUUGAAACUGAUCUGGUUCCAUAUUUAAAGACUUGAUGUAGACCAAAGUGAACAUUUGAGAGAGAUCUGUGGAGUGUUUUUUGCAGUGCUAAUAUAACCAGUUAACUGGCUUUGUUUUCCUGUUUUUCCAUCUCAUCACGUCCUAUAUUUGUGUCCAGUUUUUUCCCCUCAAGUUUUAUUUUCUUUUUUAAAUUAUGUGAUAGUUCUGCUACACUAUGGUAUAUUUGAUAUAUAUGAGGUGGAGACCAAACUUGAUGAUAU